ACUUAAUUGGCGACCCAGGAAAGUAGCCAAAGAAACCUAUAGUUGUGACUCAUGUACACAAAGCUUUAAAUAACAGGCAUCAUGCCGCGUUCACGCUCUCGGAGCCGCUCACGGUCCUAUUCUCCCCGAGGCCGACCCUCUGGCGUGCGGAGAGAAAGAGACCUGAGGACCUCCCUGCUAUUUCGAAACUUGUCGAAGACAACAACGGCUGACGACCUUCGACACUGCGCUGAGCGCUAUGGGCCUAUACGCGAUAUCUAUAUACCCAAGGACUUUCAUAGCGGGGAGCCCCGCGGCCUAGGCUUUGUGGAAUUUUCGGACGCCAAGGACGCGGAAGAGGCUCGCCACUCACUAGACGGCUCAACGCUUGCAGGCCGCGUGAUUUCAGUGCAGUUUGCACAGCACGGGCGCAAGCGGCCUGAGGACUACCGCAACGGCGGUAGCGGCGGGUUCCGGAGCGGAGGCGGUGGGUACGGCAGCAGCCGUGGUGGAUACGACAGAGUCCGUGACCGCGACCGGAGCCACCGCGAUAGCGACUACGGUCGGGACCGGGACUAUCGUGAUCGGGACCGUGAUCGCGAUUACCGCGAUCGCGACCGGGACCGCGACUACCGGGACCGGGAGCGGGACCGGGACAGCCGCCGCCACAGCCGCAGCCCACGACGGGGGCGCAGCCGGUCGCCCCGGCGCAGCCCGCGGCGAGACAGGUCUGCGAGCCGCAGUCGCUCCAUGCCGCCGCCCAACAAUGGUGGCCGCAUCGAGGCGGACCGUGACCCACGGGACGAUCGCGGCCGGGAUCGGUCAGUGGACACCGGGCGACGUGACAGCGGUCGGGAGCGCGGGCGCUCUGUGGACGCGAGGAGCCGCUCGCCGGGGGACAGGGAAUAAGCAGCUGAGCAGUAGCGGUUAAACCCGCAUGCUGUUUCGGCCCUAGCCCCAGGGGCAACGCGUCGGAUGUAAGCGGAGGAAUAAGGACGAAAGUGCCUUGCCUCGUCUGCACUGCUUGUCGUGUAGUUUAUGAGGUUGCAGGUUGAGCUUUUGUUGCGGGCGUGGGGGCUGGGAAGUGACGUGUGCCCCCUUUCGUACAUGGUUUGCCGCAUGAUGGCCGGUUCCUUGUUUGUUGUGGCUUGGCCUUCCGUGCAGAUGAAAAGAGGGGAGCAGGUUAGGCUCUUUUACCUGGGUUAGGUGUUGGGUCGCUGCUGUUAAAGUUGCAAUUUAAUAGCAGCUUUGAGCGUUGUUUGGUUGUUAUGACGUCCCAGGGAUGCCCCCGUUCAUUGGUUGCAUGAGAGGCUGCUUCCGUAAUAGUUGUAAGGCGCCUAUUUUGGUCAUGUCGUACACGCGGGUUCUGUUGAGUGCCAUCGCAGCCGUAUUCUCCGUGGAAAGAGGGAUUGUUUGUCUCAUGCAGCUCCUCAGCUGCCCGCCCCGCAGGUUCGCUCCGGUAAGGGCUCCCCGGCAUGCUGUGGUGAUGAAGGUUAAAGAAGAUAACGCAUGACACGAAAGAAAAGAAGCGGAGCGCUGAUGGUAUGAUGGUGAUGACUUCAAGCUUGAUGGCAGUCUAAUCGGGAGGCAUCCAUCUUCACAUUCCUGGGGAGUCAACAAACACGAUUAAGCGGCUUACACAGCGAUGAUGACCGAUGACUAAGCAUGCAGGCCUGGUGAGGUGGUCUACCGCAACGACGGAGUAUGUCUCAUCCUGACCGGCUUCCUAGUUGCCACUACGUAUGCUCGCCGUCGCUAAUGUCUACAGUUGUGAUCCUCCUGGUUCAUUCCUGCCAGGUAUGAUGAAGAGGGAUGGGUUGCAUCGAGACUUUUACACACUCCAAAGAGGCAUGCUAUGUUCGGCGUACGACGAGUGCCAUCAGUGUCUAGAAGUGCACUAACAGUGAUUUUUUGUAACAACCACAAUCCUUCUUUUCUUAACUUCCAAGCAUUCCACACCA